ACGAAAUAAACGGAAAAAACUGAUCGAAGCACUCGGAGCAAGGAAGCGGAACGCACGGAGCAAGCACGGCACUCAUUGGAGUAAAAGGGAGUCCGACUGCAUAAGCUUCCGCGUGACUCGUCCGCCGGUUUUGCUAAGUUAGGGCGUAAUGCGCCCGUCCGUCCGCUUUCCUCCGGAAAUCGAUAGGAAAAGUUGGUCCAUCGGCGUCUCUAUAUAAGAGCGCGACGAGAUGUCGGCAGAACGCGAGAUACAGUGCCGACCGGUGUUGCGCGAACACGCGUAUAGUCAUGAUAAGGAUUUUGCUGCUGCUGGGCCUGGUGUGCGGCCGCGCGAUCGCCGAAGCCGCCGAGGACAGCGGCACCAACAAGCAGGCCAAGAGGAGCUUCUUCGGUGACGGAUGGAUCGGACUGUCGAGUCCGUACGGAGGCUACGGGGUCGGACAACCCUGGGCAGGCCUCGAUCAUAACCCGUGGAGUGCACUCAAGGUCACGCCCAGUCUUCCACUCGAGACUUCGGGAUGGCAGUAUGGAACCACGAAGACAAUCGGCCAACCGAUAAAGCACGAAACGCACCACGUGAAAACGGUGCCCGUUGUUGUAACGAAGCACGUGGUGGUCGAGAAACCCGUAGCGGUUCGCGUUCCUGAGCCUGUGACCGUCGAGAAGCUUGUGCCGGUGCCUGUUGAAAAGCUCAUUCCGGUUCCCAUCGACAGAUACAUACCGAAGCCCGUUCCCGUUGCGGUACCCAUUCCCCAGGCAUUUCCAGUACCAGUCGAGCAUGCAGUGCCAGUACCAGUAAAGCAACCAGUAGUCGUACCAGUUCAUCACCCAUACCCGGUACCAGUAAAACACCCUCUGCCCUAUCCGGUUGCCGUACCCUACCCACUGCCCGUUCAUGGUCAUCACCAUCACGGCCAUGGUCACCAUUACGGUGGCUACGGUCACCACGGGCUGCAUUAUGGCCACCACGGGCUGCAUUACGGCCACCAUGGAGGCCACCACGGGCAUGGCUGGGGACACGGCUGGGGUCAUGGCUGGGAUCACCACCACGGCUGGGGCUAUCCCAACCCUGGAUUUUACGGUCCUGCAUUUUAUGGCCAGGGAUACUAUGGUCACGGUCAUGGCCAGGGGCAUCAUCACCACUACAGCUCGUACAGCGGUCCCGAACAUUAUCAUUCGUACCGAAGCGCCGAUUAUCACAAAAACUCGAAACGUAGCAAAAGCAGUAGCAACGACGAGAUCGACAAAGAUGACGAAAGAGAAUAACUCCAAAUCAUGUUCUUAUUUCGUUUUAUCAACUUCCAGUAAAUCGUUUCCCUAUAUCGUUUCGAAGGCGUAGCUCUCUCUCUCUCGUCUGUUUUUUCGACGACUGAUAACAAAGCGA